UCGACAGUUUAUUAUCGGAGGUAGUUUUGGUGACUUCAACUGACUUCCGCUUGUCAUUCAGCUGCUCGACGUUGUGCAUUUACUCAGCUAUUUCAUCUCAGAAGCUGAUUUUCACCGACAGACGCGAUGACACUUUUUCACUUUGGAAACUGCUUUGCCCUGGCCUAUUUCCCUUACUUCAUCACAUACAAAUGCAGCGGCCUCUCGGAGUACAAUGCUUUCUGGAGAUGCGUCCAGGCAGGAGCGACGUACCUGUUUGUCCAACUUUGCAAAAUGCUGUUUCUCGCUACAUUUUUCCCAACCUGGGAAGGAGGAGCCGGUGUUUAUGACUUUGUAGGGGAGUUCAUGAAGUCCACAGUGGACCUGGCUGACCUGCUGGGUCUCCAUCUGGUGAUGUCUCGUAAUGCUGGGAAAGGAGAGUACAAGAUCAUGGUCGCUGCCAUGGGCUGGGCGACAGCAGAGCUUGUCAUGUCGAGGUUUCUUCCCCUGUGGGUCGGCGCCAGAGGAAUCGAGUUUGAUUGGAAGUACAUCCAGAUGAGCUUUGACUCAAACAUUAGUUUGGUCCAUUACAUCGCCMUGGCAGCUGUUGUGUGGAUGUUCACCCGAUAUGACCUCCCUAAGACCUUCAGGCUGCCUGUGACUGUGCUGCUGGCUCUGUGUGUGUACAAAGCCUUUUUAAUAGAGUUGUUUGUCCAUGUCUUCAUGCUGGGCAGCUGGACGGUCUUGCUGGUGAAAGCCGUCCUGACCGGCGCCGUCUCUCUCUGCUCACUGUUCCUGUUUGUCACUCUGGUUCACAGCAGCUGAAGAAAAAGCAGCAGGCCGUAAAACGACCCUCGACAGCCUCGGCUCAAACUGGAGGAAAGAUUUUCAUAAGUCAGAGUCUGAGCUGUGAAGCUUUAAAGGAGGGCCACUUGGAGUUGACUGACAUGAUCCACCAACUGGUUCAGCUUCCAGUUCUUCCAGUUUGUUUCAUUGGUUAUGAGUCCAGGAGGAAAAAGAGCGUUUUCUGGGUAACAUUUCUACCCAACUUUUCACUGAAUUAGUUGAAGCAAAGGGACGAACGUCAACAUCAGAAUACUUCUUCAGUGUGACUGGAUUCUGUUUGUUUUUAAGAUGUGAAUUUUGUAUUGAUGUAACUACAAAUGAAUUAACACUUAAUAAAAAAAUACAUUUCUCAUUACA